GCGCUGCUCUGUGCCGCCGCGGCUACCAUCACUACUUUCCUUCCCUGCGUGUGUGACGUAACUCUAUAAAAGAGUGCGCGGUGAAGACGCCGCCGCUAUACCGUUUCCGUUCGCCAGGCUCGGCCAUAACGUCCCGACCACCGGCACAGAAGGACGCGAGCGGAACCUCUUCCGCUGAGCUCCCACGGACUCACCAGUGAUCACUAGUUCAACAAAAGAUACGAGAUGAGGUCGUUGUGGUUGUUAGCGGCGCUGUGCUGCUUAGUUUUGUCGGCGAGCGGGAGCCCCAUCGCGCGACCGGAGGAGAAGGAAGUCGGCAGACAAGCGGCAGCUCCUGCCGCGCCGGCUGCGCCUGCCGCGCCGGCUGACGAUGACGACGACGACGAUGAUGACGAUGACGAUGAUGACGUAGACCUGGAUGAUGCACUGACAGGUGACGACGAUGAUGACGAUGACGACGACGAUGAGGACGAGGCCGACGAUGAUGAUGAUGACGAGGACUACUUGGAGAGGUUCUUCGACGACAUCUUAGGAGACGACGAGGACGAUGAUGACGAUGACACGCCGGCAGCGGUGCAGCCGGUCGUGGCUCCCGCCGACACCGUCGCCGCUGCGCCCGCCGCCGCUGCCGCUGCAAGUGGUGAAGAGCCCGCCGCAGUAGCCGAAGCCGCCGAAGAGGCGGCCGAGGGUGACAGCGAAGCCGCCGCCGCGGAAGAGUCCGAGGUCGCUCAGAAGGAGCCCGCCGAGGCCGAACCCGCCCAGCCCGCUGAGGAGGCCGCCGAGGCCGACGACGCCGACGACGACGACGAGGAGGACGACAUCGCGGACGCGCUCGACCCCGAGGACGACGACGACGACGACGAGGACGACGACGAUGACGACGAUGACGACAUCACCGACGCUCUCGGCAGAAACGUGAGCAAACAAGCACGUGCACUAGAAGGCGACACAGAGAAAACGCCAAAAGAGACAGUGCCAGCGAUAUACAUAGUGAAAUACAACCGCUUCAUAGACAACAUUCUCCAGAAGAUGAACGACAUACUGCGCCGCUCAUACGACCCUGUCAGCGUGAAGCUUCAGCCCAUUGAUGCUAGCAAGAAGUCUACCAAGCCUAAGAAAAAUAAGAACAAGACCAAGAAGAGAAAAACGACUAACAAAAAAAAGAACAGCGCUCGCGCCGGCAACCCAGAAAAGACGAGCGACAAAAUCGCCUCAAAUGACACUGAGAUCAACAACGUAGAACCUAAGAUUGAAAUACCUGUUGAACAGCUUCAAGCAGAAGGACGAGCGUUGAAAUCAGAAAGCGGAAAAGCUAAAGCUACUACCCCUAAGCCGAAACCUUCAAAAACUACGAAGCCUAAAACUAAGCCUCCUAAAACUUCAUCGACUAAGAAACCGGUAAAGACCAAGACGAAGACGACAGUUCCUAAAAGCAAGCCGAGAGCUAAGGGGACGUUGUAUGGGCUGUCGUCUUUGAGGAGGAUGGGCGAUGUCGCCGUCAGCAUUAUGUCGGAUCAUACCACUGUGAAGAGUAACUUUGCUGUUGGACCUUUGAUCUUGAGAGUGGAAAAGGAGGUCGGACGUGGGGCCAAGAAGGAGCUGAAGUCUGCUACCGCCACCACGGCAGAGAUGACCGGCAAGAUUAGCCUCAGGGUUAAAAAUGAUGGCGUCGCCACCUUGCACUCUAUCAAAGUUCUGCAGCCUAAACAGGUCCGUGUGGACAGCAAUCACGAACGCACACGGGAACUAGUAUGGCGCCGCAGCGCGAGGAUCGCGCACGUCGUGUCAGAAAAACUCAUGUCGGCUUCCAAACCCAUGUUCGUCCACCAAAGCGUGACCGAGGAAUAAGCAACCUUAACACUUUAGCGUAAGGCACAUAGUCUUUAGAUGUUGGCUAAGGCGUAUAGCCUUGCCAAGAUGGCAUAUACUUAGGAAAU